UCCACAAGACCACAACACUCGAGAUUUACUUCCGCUACCCAUUUUCUUGGCACUUCUUAAAAGUUUUUUUAAUCAAAACCCGCAAAUAAUGAACCAUCGACAGGUCAUCUCCAUGCAUUUUCAGUCAUCAUUUAACUAAAAAACGUAACUCUUUAAUCUUCAUCUCUGAAAAAACAAUACUCCUCGUUACAAGGUACAAUUCAACAACUACAAGCAACAGCUAUUUAAAUACAAUUUUAUUUUCCCAACCCAGAUUCCUAAGAUAUUCAUUUUCAUCUUUUCCGACUUCCGAGUUGCUACUGAGUCAGAAACCGAGUUCAUCAAAUUUUUUCAGCUAUGGCAUCACUUGGGUUGGCUCAACGAAUUAGAAUUGGACUUGAUGGUAACUCGGGUGCUGAAUUCCCUAUGAUGGGUCGGCCCCGUAGGUCCUUGAGCUCGAAUUACGGUAGAAACCGAGUUGGGUUCAGAAUUAUGGCCUCAGCUGUGGAGCCCGAUCUCAGCGUCACUGUUAACGGUUUGAAAAUGCCCAACCCAUUCGUUAUCGGGUCGGGUCCUCCUGGGACCAACUAUACUGUGAUGAAAAGAGCCUUUGAUGAAGGCUGGGGUGGUGUUAUCGCCAAAACGGUGUCUUUGGAAGCCGAUAAAGUUAAAAAUGUGACCCCAAGAUAUGCUAAAUUAAGAGCAGGAUCAAAUGGUUCUGCCAAAGGACAAAUUAUCGGGUGGCAGAAUAUUGAGCUCAUAAGUGAUCGACCUCUUGAAACAAUGCUGAAAGAGUUUAGGCAAUUGAAAGAAGAGUAUCCGGAUAGGAUACUUAUUGCUUCUAUCAUGGAAGAGUACAACAAAGCUGCUUGGGAGGAACUUAUUUACAAAGUUGAGGAAACUGGAAUUGAUGCCAUUGAGAUCAACUUCUCAUGCCCUCAUGGUAUGCCAGAACGUAGAAUGGGUGCUGCUGUUGGUCAAGAUUGCGAUCUCUUGGAGGAGGUUUGUGGCUGGAUUAAUGCUGUAGCCACAGUUCCAGUUUGGGCAAAGAUGACCCCUAAUAUCACCGACAUUACAAAGCCGGCUAGGGUGUCUCUUAACCAAGGGUGCGAGGGAGUAUCUGCCAUAAAUACAAUCAUGAGUGUUAUGGGAAUCAAUCUUAACACCUUAAGGCCCGAGCCUUGUGUUGAGGGAUACUCAACUCCUGGAGGCUACUCAGCAAAGGCAGUGCACCCGAUUGCUCUUGCAAAAGUAAUGAACAUUGCACAGAUGAUGAAGUCAGAAUUUGGAGAUAAGGACUAUUCACUCUCUGCUAUUGGGGGAGUCGAGACAGGUGGUGAUGCUGCUGAGUUUAUUCUUCUCGGAGCAAAUACUGUACAGGUUUGUACCGGUGUCAUGAUGCAUGGAUAUGGACUUGUGAAAACGUUGUGCUCUGAGCUGAAAGAUUUCAUGAGAAAGCACAAUUUUUCGUCAAUAGAAGAUUUUAGGGGGUCGUCACUUGAGUACUUCACAACCCACACGGAUUUGGUUAAAAGGCAACAAGAAGCAAUACGCCAAAGGAAAGCCAUUAAGAAAGGUUUACAAUCAGACAAAGACUGGACAGGAGAUGGUUUUGUGCAAGAAACUGAAAGCAUGGUUUCCAACUAGACUUGUAAUAAAACCUCUCAAUGCACCUUUCUUCUCGUAUUAUAGAUGAAUAAAUCAAUCCCUUUCAUAUAUCUGAUCGGAUUGGUGUAUAGUGACUUUGACCUCUUUCUAGUUCUUUGCGUACAGUUCACAACCAUUUUCAUUUAUUUAUCGUUUAACUUGAUUU